AGAGCGCGAAACAUGGCGGGGCAGGGAUCUUGCGUCGGCGGCGUCGGCGACUGCUCCCAAGAGAACGAAGACAGCGUGUUCAAAGCGGCCGUGGAGGUGUUCCAGAAGCUUAAGGACCUCAAAUGCCCCUUUCUGGAGGGCCUGUACAUCACAGAACCGAAGACGAUUCAUGAACUGCUGUGUAACCCCUCCAAGUACCGCUUGGAGAUUCUGGAAUGGAUGUGCAUACGAGCCUGCCCCUCCUUGCAGGAAAAGUUCAGCUCACUGAAGGCGUCCCCGCCGGAGCUGAAGAUCCGAGAAAUGGUGAAGCUAGGCCAUGAGCUCAUGCUGUGUGCGCCAGACGACCAGGAGCUCCUGAAGGGCUGCGCCUGCCCCUGGAAGCAGCUGCACUUCAUGGACCGGCUGCUCGACGUGAUCCGUAGUCUGAGCGUCGGAGGCUCCACCUGCUCCAGCCUGCAGGAGCACUUUGCGGACACCAGGGAGAAGAAUGAGGAGCUGCUGGGGGAGGUCUUCUCCAGCUCCCACCUGCAGGCGCUGCUGAGUCCCCGGAGGGACCCGUGGCCCCUGGACGUGCAGCCCGUCCUUGAGGAGCAGAGCGAGGAGCGGCAGAGUGCCAGCCCCUCGCCCCGGUCAGAGGAGGAGAAGGUGGCGGAGCUGGCCAGGCAGCUGCGGGAGAGUACUGCCAAGCUGCAGACACUCAGGGCAGAGAAGCCAGGGGCCGCCGCCAGUGGGACCGACACGAGCACCCUGGAGCAGAAGCUGCGCCUCGUCACCUCUGACUUCCACCAGCUCGUGCUGGCCUUCCUCCAAGUCUACGAUAACGAGCUGAGUGACUGCUGCCAGCGCCGACGCCCUGACCUGCACCUGUGCGGCCCCACGGUCCAGUCUGUGUCGCAGACUCUGACUUCCUGUAGCCAACUGUUGAAAGCGGUUGUAGAGGUCACGGACACAGCUGCGAAAGCCACGGAGAUGGCCAAGAAGCAGCAGGGCGAGCCGAUCUGUUGGGGCAGCAGCAGCUCCGUGAAGAGUCUAGCUGCUAAAAUGGAGGAACUUACACAGACAUACAUGGUCUCCAGUGACAGCCUGCGCCAGGGCACGGGCUAGUGCAGAAGGCGGCGUCCAUGGGCAGGCGCCGCGGAGCCUUCGCGGCAGAAGCAGCUGCAGCCCCGAUGUUGUCCGGGUCGCCCUGCUUUGCCUGUAGCCUCUGGCCUUGUGGGAGGGCUCUUGAAGAGAAAGGAAACCUCAGGAUCUGAAAAGCUGCUUCCAGCCUGUUAUUUGC